UUCCACUCGGCUUCCGUCCGCUUAAUUUCCGGCUUCCUUCCGGCUCCUGCUCGCCUUCCCGCUACCUUCGCCCAGCGCGCCCCAGGCCUGGGCCCCGAUGCUCCCGAAACGGCGGCGGGCGCGGGUCUCCUCCGGCUCCAUGCCCUCCGCAGCACGCUUCCCGGGUGUCGCCAUCUACCUGGCGGAGCCGCGCAUGGGCCGCAGCCGCCGGGCGUUUCUCACACGCCUGGCGCUGUCCAAGGGCUUCCGCGUGCUGGACGCCUACAGUUCACCCUGCCAUCUCCUCUCUCCUGGGACUGAGAAAGUGACUCUCAAGUGGCUCCAGGAUGACAAAAAGAUACCGCCUGCAGCGGCAACGCUGAGAGUAAGCUCCGAGGUGACACACGUUGUGAUGGAGCAGACCUCUGCUGAGGACGCCAUCUGCUGGCAGGAGAGCAGGGCGGCGCCCCCUGCCCCAGGUUGUGCCCGCCCAGUGCUGCUGGACAUAAGCUGGUUCACAGAGAGCAUGGCAGCUGGGCAGCCUGUACCUGUGGAGUGCCGGCACCGCCUGGAGGUGGCCACGUUUAGACAGGGGUUGCCAAGCCCAGUGUGGAUGCCACCGUAUGCCUGCCAGCGUCCUACGCCCCUCACACACCACAACACCAGCCUCUCGGAGGCUCUGGAGACGCUGGCAGAGGCAGCGGGCUUUGAAGGCAGCGAGGGCCGCCUCCUGUCCUUCUCCAGAGCAGCCUCUGUGCUCAAGGCACUUCCCAGCCCAGUCACAGCCCUGAGCCAGCUGCAGGGCCUGCCCCACUUUGGAGAGCAUUCCUGCAGGGUCGUCCAGGAGCUGCUGGAACAUGGCGUGUGUGACGAAGUGGAGAGGGUCCGGCUCUCGGAGAGGUACCAGAGCAUGAAGCUCUUCACCGGAAUCUUUGGGGUUGGAGUCAGGACUGCUGACCAAUGGUACCGGAAAGGGCUGCGGACACUGGACGAUGUCCGGGAGCAGGUGCAUGGACUGACCCAGCAGCAGAAAGCAGGACUCCGGCACUAUGGGGACCUGAGCAGCCCGGUCCAGUGGCCCGAAGUGGAGGCCCUGCAGCUGGUGGUGGAGGCAGCCGUGGGCCAGGCCCUCCCCGGAGCCACCGUUACGCUGGCUGGCGGCUUCCGGAGGGGGAGGUCACAGGGCCACGAUGUGGACUUCCUCAUCACCCACCCCCAGGAAGGCCAGGAGGCGGGGCUGCUGCCCAGAGUGGUGCUCCACCUGAAGAAGCAGGGCCUCGUCCUGUACCAGCAGUACCGCCAUCGUUGCAGAGACCCCGCUCCCCAGACGUGGCAGAGCCACACUCCAGACACCUUUGAAAGCAGCUUCUGCAUUUUCCGCCUGCCGAGGCCCCCAGGAGCUGCCGUGGGGGGGCCCUGGCCCGCCUGGAAGGCUGUGCGUGUGGACCUGGUGGUCGUCCCCAUUGGUCAGUUCCCCUUUGCCCUGCUUGGCUGGACUGGCUCCAAGCAUUUUGAGCGGGAGCUUCGCCGCUUCAGCCGGACCGAGAAGGGGCUGUGGCUGAAUAGCCGGGGGCUGUAUGACCCGGAGCAGAAGGCGUUUGUCCACGUGGCUGCAGAGGAAGACAUCUUCAGACACCUGGGUCUUGCAUACCUCCCCCCAGAGCAGAGAAAUGCCUGAUCCUGUGUGCCGCUCCUUGGAAACCCCGGGGACCGCUCAGCCAGCCAGACCCCAUGGACGCCCUUGGCCACAGAAAGUCUCCAGGCAGAAGUUA